UCUCUGUUCAGUCCAGGAAAAACCGGUAAGGUGUUUUCCGCUGUUUUCCCGACACUUGGGGACCGGUUCUCGUUUUUUCUCAGACAAAUCAUUUUCUCAGGAAACAAACAGGUUUCUUCUUUACUAACCGUACCUUGAUUUUUUCUUUGAAACAUCUCGUCUCUUUCAGUCAAAUCAAAGAAACUUCUAGACUCUGGAGUAUUGCUCGAGGUUUGCAAAUGUGAAAAAGUUACACGACAGAGAAGUCAUUGCUGCACCGUCAGCAUGAGUCUGUAACUUUGGUGGAGAACUGGAUUCUGGGGGUUAUACAAUUUGAAAAUUGAUGCAUGGAAGCAAGAGAAGGCAUGAGCUCAGGAGUCACGGUGAUAGGGGCAGAGGCCCCAUCAGCCUAUCAUAUGGCUCCACGGCCUGAAAAUCCUAGCCAGUUUGCAGGAUCACCGCCUGUAGAUGCCUCACCUGUUAGUGUAGGAUUGACAGGAACUCUGGGAAAGAAGAAGAGAGGUCGACCGCGGAAAUAUGGACCGGAUGGGACAGUAGCCACGGCAUUAUCCCCCAUGCCGAUUUCAUCUUCAGUCCCACCUGCUGGUGAUUUCUCUGCAGGAAAGCGGGGAAGAGGGAAAUUGAGUGGUUUCCAGAAGCAGCUCAAGAAAUUGGGAUUGGAUAUUUCUGGUGAGGGGGCUGCUAGUUCUGUUGGUACAAAUUUUACUCCUCAUGUUAUCACUGUUAAUGCUGGUGAGGAUGUUACCAUGAAGAUCAUAUCAUUCUCUCAACAAGGACCUCGAGCUAUUUGUAUCCUGUCUGCUAAUGGACUAAUUUCUAAUGUUACCCUCCGGCAGCCUGAUUCUUCUGGUGGUACUUUGACAUAUGAGGGUCGUUUUGAAAUACUUUCUUUAUCUGGAUCAUUCAUGCCCACUGAAAGCCAGGGAACGAGAAGCAGAUCAGGUGGGAUGAGUGUUUCUUUGGCUAGCCCUGAUGGUCGUGUUGUAGGGGGAGGGGUUGCUGGACUUCUGAUUGCUGCUAGCCCUGUGCAGGUUGUGAUAGGCAGUUUUCUACCAAGUGACCACCAAGAGCAGAAACCCAAGAGACAAAAGAUUGAAUCAAUACCUGCUACUGUUGUUUCAGUAACUACUGCACCAGCCUCCCUAUCGGCUAACAUGGAAGUAGAAGAGGGCAUUGGCGGACUCACACAACAAAAUUCCAGUGCCUCAAAGCAAAAUAUUGCUGCUUCUCCAUCGUUCCACAGAGAAAGCUGGGCCACCAUGCAGGAACCAAGAAAUUCAACAACUGAUAUUAACAUAUCCCUUCCUGCAGGAUAAUUUGAUUAGCAUCAAGACUGCAUCUCAAGGUGUCUUACUGACCAUGAUGGAUCCCUGAUCUUCCUAUCCUACAGAGAGUUGGAUUUUACUUUGCUUAUAUAUUUACUAGCAUAACUUAUUGAACUAGUAGUAUAGGAUUGAGUAGGACUACAGCUUCAAAUUUCCAGCUAGUUUCAGUAGUUGUCUUAUCAGGCAUGACAUUCACUAGCUGGUUCCCGGCAGGACAUCUGAUUGUUAGCCUAGUUAAGUAGUGCAGUUAUGAAAUCAAAUCCUUCAGAUGUAGACAACUGCUUUGCACAUCUUAUAACUGAAUUUUUUAAUUUUUUUUCUAUAGAUUUUUCGAGAAUUCCAGAUUAUUGGAAAUGUUGUUGGAUGGC